AUGAAUCUUAUAGAGGACAUGUUGGCGCCAUGUAACCUACCGCACGCGGGAUACCCUAACAAUGUGGAUCUGAUAGAGUGGGCGCGUCGGUGCACGGCGCUGGAGGCCGAGAUCCUGAACAACCUGCCAAAUUACCUUGAUGACACUGACGCAGAGGAUUUCACUGGCUUCUAUGGCGGCGAGCAUGUCGCCGAUCGCUUAAAGAGACUGCGCCUCACUGUCGUCGGCGAUGGUGACGGCUACACUUUCACGGAGAUCAGUAAGCUACGCAUCUUCCCCGCGGCCCAACUGUCGCUCUGCCUGAAGUUGGUCCACGUAGAGCAAGGCCUGCAAGCCCUCAAGAUGAACUGCGACGCGCGCGUGCGACUCGAAACGGAAGGCGUAAUCCGCAAUCUGGGCCUGCUCUUCGGGAUCGAGCGCCUCCAGAAAGUCGGCGGGGAGGUGCGCUCUCGCCUCCAGAAUCUCACAGAGGAGGUAAAAUCAACAAUGGUGCAGAACUCGGAGGCCGAACAGCGUGGGGACAGCAUAUGGGAAGACUUUUGGCUGCUACGCCGUAACGAGCGCGGCAACCAAUUCCGCGCGGACGCACUGCGGGGACUCCAGGCCAGGUAUCCGAGGGCCGAUUUGGGGCUCUGCGAACGGAUCGCGCACCGAAUGAGCGCCUGCUGGAAGCUCCUUAGCUGGCGCUUGCAAGAUAAUCGGUUAGGGGAUCACACGGUGAAUCCUGCCAUUCUUGGGCCCCGGCAGCAGCAGCAGCAGCAGCAGCAGCGGCAGCUUCUCUUGCCUCCCCCGCCACAGCCCCCUGCCGAUGCGACAGAGCACAUGUGUCCCUACUGUAGUGACGUGUUGCCCGUCUCGGUGUACCAGACCCCAGCCAUGUGGCAGCACCACGUGCUCUACGACUACCACCCAUAUGUCUGCCUGGCGAAGGAGUGCUUGGGGAAUGCCACGUUCGCCUGCCUGGACGAUUGGGUCAACCAUAUGCGAGGACACGGCGGGCACUGGGAGUGCAGCGCGCCGGGGUGUGAGCAGGGCACCGUCUGCUUCGGGUGGUUCGACGGCGACAAAAUCCAAAGGCAUGCGCAGUUGGUCCAUGGCUGGGAUCAGCUGCCACCCAAGGCACUCACCAAGGUCCCGGCGGCUCGACUGGAAUUCACUGAGUGUCCCCUCUGCAAGGAACCGUUUUCGGGCGACGACCCGGAGGAGGCCAUCAAGUGGCAUCUGGCGGCGCAUGUCGAGAGGGAGAUGCUGUCGAUCCGGCCAUUGGUCUCCUAUGCCCGGACGCAUCCCGAAUAG